UAUUAUCAGAGAAAACCUUAUAUUUCAAUUGAUGCUCGUGAAUGAUGCUCUCAGGGUCUAAGCUUUUUAUUCUAUGGACCUACUACUGUGCUACUUUACUGUCAGUAAAUCUAAAAGAACUUAAGUGUCAAAGAUGUGAAGCACAGCAGUCUUCCACAAAUGGACUACAUUCUGCAAAUAACGCUUGUGAUGACGACAUAGAGACAUACUCUCUCACCAUGGAAGGCAAAAACCAGACGUGGUCAAUGACUCUUGAUAGGGUACAUCGAAUCUACUGGAUUUUCCUCAGCAUUAGUUGUGGAAGAUAUCAUAUCCACAUACAACUGGACACAUCUGAAAUUCGAACUUGUAAACAGAUUGAAAGAAUAUGCAAUGUAACCAAUCAAGCUAAAAUUGUAACAUGCCACCCAUCUGAAGUUGUGUUUGGAAACAAAAUCAUCAUCAGGAAAGAAGAAUAUGGUGCUUUACAGAUUAACGAAGUUAAAGUAAUUGAUUUUACAGCCUUAAACGAAACUCAAGUAAAAACCCAGUCUGUUGGACUCAAAGGGGAGAAUGCUUUUGAUGGCAAUGUAGAUUCUUAUAUUGUAACAAAGGAAACAAGUAAUGCAACAUGGUUUAUGAUAAUGGAAAAUACGUACGGUAUAAAAUGGAUACUCAUUUCAUUGAGAGGAGGAAAUUAUGAAUUGCAUAUAAGAGCUGAAAAUCAGGUCCUUUCCAAUGAAUUGACACUUUGCCGCAGGUUUAAUUUUCGUAACCCUUCUACAAAAUAUCAGUAUAUCGUAGAAUGUGAAAGGGAAAUGACAGGGAACUCAAUCGUAAUAACAAGGAUGGAUGAAGGACCAGUUAGACUAUUUGAAGUACAUCCAAUAGUUUGUCCUGCUUACCAUUAUGGAAUAAAUUGUGCUAAAUGCAGAAAGGCAUGUGUUUCCUGUCAUCCUAUAUCAGGUGUAUGUAAUGAAUGCUUUGGAUCUUUCUUUGGUGAUUAUUGUCAACAUAGAUGUCAGACAACGUGUCUCGAAACUUGUGACAAAUUGACCGGAAGUUGUGAUAACUGUACCGAUGGACGUCAAGGAAAAUACUGUGAACUUGAAAUGUCUACAGAUUACAGAGAUGAUAAAGAAGAUCCCAAUCAAUUCCCAAUCCUCCUGGUUGUUCUGAGUUCCUUGGUUGUUUUAUUACUCCUGGUUAUCAUUUUUCUCUUCUUUACAAGGUGGAACAAAGAAAAGUCUAACAAAGAUCAAGAAAAUGACUUAGCAUUAAAUCUUCAGAGAUCAGAAUCGAGAAAUGAGUCGGAUCUAGAGGAGAUUCCUCAAAACGAGGCUAAUUACGUAGAAGAGGAAGUCGUUGUCGUCGAGUACAGUAAUCUGACAUCACAGAGGGUCUGUUUAGAUCAAUUUAUAAGAGAAAUGCCAGAAAAAAAGAACAGUGGUAUACUAGAGAAAGAAUUCGAGGACCUUCCGAAGGGAUUAUUGGAAUCUUACUCGGACGCACUUAAAGCUUCGAACAGGAAGGGGAACCGAUACAAAGGAAUCUAUCCCUAUGACUACAAUCGUGUAAAGCUCGAUCACAGAUCAGAAGCUAAUGAGGAUGGCGGUUUUGUUAAUGCUUCAUACAUUCAUGGUUUCAACAGGGAACAAGCCUACAUUGCUGUUCAAGGUCCUUUCAAUCCUAAGACAUUAGAGGAUUUUUGGACGCUAAUAUGGCAGAAUGACUCGACAAGAAUCGUUAUGUUGACAAACCUGUACGAAGGAGAUAAGAUGAAAUGUCUGAAAUACUGGCCAGACAGUGAGCUGGAUAUUGGUCCAUACACCAUUACACUGGAUAAAGUGGAUGUGUUUAACAAUUACGUACUACGUUAUUUGAUCGUCCAAUAUCAGGAAGAGGAAAAAAGAGUGACACAGUUUCAUUUCACCACGUGGCCUGACAACUCUGUCCCGGAAGAUCUGACUUCACUCAUUUGCUUCAGGAAUUUAGUUAGGAAUGGUAUGACGUCAUCAGACGGACCAAUUGUUGUUCACUGCAGUGCAGGGAUAGGAAGGACAGGGACAUUUAUCGCCCUUGAUUAUCUUUUGGAAGAGGGCGCUGCUGAGCAGACGAUUGACGUCAAAGGAUACGUAGCUUCUCUUAGACAUCAACGGGGGAAAUCUAUACAAACAUGCGAGCAGUACAUCUUCCUGCAUGACUCACUGAUAGAAGGAUUCACAAAUAAUAGUGUUGGCAGGAGCGUUUUGUCGGUACUUUAAACACAUCUGUUUCA